AGGAUCCUCGUAGCAGCUCAGCGAUUAAAUAUUCAGUACUACAUCUUGUCGCUUGACGUUUCCUCUUACAUCGCCGCCCUCGCCAUGUCGCCAAGUUUUGUGCACGCAACGACGGAGAGGUCAGAGCAGCAGCAGCAAAAAAUAGUGCGAAAGCUCGAGGCGCCAGCAGUGGUAGAUCCCCGCAGCGAGACUUUAGUGCUGCGCUGUGAUUACGACUUGCGUGGCAACGAGCUCUACUCGGUCAACUGGUACAAGUACGACAAGAUGCUCUUCAGGUAUAUGCCCAGUCUGACGCCCAAAGGCACGGCUUUUUCCUCGCAUCCCGACGACUUUGCCGUGGACAUCGCCAAAAGCAACGGCCAACAAUUGACACUCGUCAGUCAGCAGGAUUAUCGCAAGAAUAUGAAGGCUUACGAGGGUACGUACGCAUGCGAGGUGUCGCUCGAAAGUCCUUUCUACGCGGACUACGCCGUGGCUAAUGUCAGCUCGGCUAUUCUACCCAAAAGCAAUCCUGUACUCGAGGGACUUGCGCCCUACCAGCUACUUGGUGAUCAAGUCGAAAUUGUCUGCAUGUCGGCGCCAAGUUUGCCCGCGGCCGAGAUCAGUCUCAGACUCAACGGAGCUAAGGUUCCUUCGCGCUCUUUAAGCAUCUCGAAGCUCUACCCGAUCGAAGGUACACCAUUGGUAUCAACGCGUGUCUCACACAAGUUGUUUAUCAGUCGCAAUCUCUUUCCCAUGGGCAAAUUCGAUGUCCAAUGUAAAGCCAUUAUUCCUGGAGUUCCCGCGGCGCCCGAGUUCAAGACUGAGAAACGCGUUGGUCUUGCUGCAAAUAACCAGAGGCUCGCUCAGGACUGGCUUGGACUGUUUGCUUCCGAAGCGGAUCGUCAAUGCAUUUGCUUGGUUGUUUUUGCAGCCGUACUGCUAGCUUUAUGUUUGUAAAUAGAUAUAAUAAUUCGUCGGCUGUUCCUGUUCCAUAUUUUCAUUCAAGAUGUUUCUUAUCAAUACAACUGUUUCGAAAUGUACAACAUAUUUUACAUCACUUACUUGUUCGGCAAAACGAUGUGAUACUUUAUAUUUACUUGUAUUUUACUACAAACAACUAAUCAAAGAGUUGAAAUAUACAAUAAAAACAAAAUACCAAUACUCCCCGAAAAUUUCAUUUUCAGUGCUAUAUCGUUAUAAUUCUAUGUACAUAGUGUGCAUAUUGUAUUCUAUUAUAGGAAUAAAAAAAUAUAUUACUAAAUAAUAAAUUAAUACCUGUUGGAAUAAUAAGUUGUAUAUAUGAAGUAGAUAACGUACUAAUAUGACUGUCAAUCAGAGAGUUUACUGUG